AUGGUCGUACACUGCAUGACCAUGGAGGUUAUACAUGCGAACAUAAUUCGAUCAGUCUUCAGUUGCUCUAGAGAUCGUAGCAUUCGAAUGUGGCAAUACGACGGUGAAAACGACGAUUUUAUUCGUGAAUUUAUCGGCCAUGAUUUGGUAGUUACAGGCAUUACCGUUAAUUCAGACAAUACUAAUUUAUGUUCUGGAUCUCGUGAUAAUACGGUUUGUUUAUGGGAUAUUGAAACUGGAAAAGCAAUAAAGCGACGAAAUAUUAAUAGAAAUUUGGUGACACAUUUGCAAUGGUUUCCUAAAGAGAGUAGUAAUAAUCUCAUUGCGCAAACAAGCGAAGAUAAAUGUCUAAGGAUAUGGGAUUCAAAAUCAAUGGAAGUUGCAAUGACCUUUCCAGCACGACAUAAUAUACUUACGUACUGUGAUAUCAGCUGCGACGGAAAUUAUGUGAUCACAAGUGGUAGCGGAGUUAAUAAUCAAGGCUGUGAUUGCGUGAUGUGGGAUGUAAGAGCGCAAAAUGCCGUAGCGAAAUUUUAUGGCCAUUCCUUGACCGUUUCUGCCUGUUGUUUUGCUGCCUUCGACAAAAAUUUGUUAGAAUAUUAUGUUUUAAUUGUUGAAAUUAGUGUACUGCCUUUUGCAUUUCGUUGGGUAUUUCAUGUAGGAAACCAUAGCUUUGUAUUCAUAAUUCUUACUUCAUCCUACGAUCAUUCCGUCCGUAUGUGGGAUAAAAAUACUACCGAUUGUCUAUUGCAGUAUAGCAUUAAUGGAGCUGGACCCAUCACUGGAAUUUGUAGCGAUACAGAUAAGCAGUUAGUCUUAAUUUUUCUCUUAUCUGAAAGCGACAUAAAAUGCUUUACUAACUCUUUAAAUGCUUGCAAUCGAUGUAGCCAUAGAGGACAAAGCACCAUGAUACAAAAUUGUAAGAUUAAGAAUAGUAAUGCAUAA